AUGGUCAUAAAUAAACUCGAAAAAGAAAAAGUCGAUUUUCAUACAUUCACCCGAAGGGAAGACAAAAUUAAGAAAAUAGUUUUAAAAGCCGCACCAGGCUUAGACUUGGAGGAUCUUAAAGAAGAACUCGAGUUCGAAGGCGUCGAAGUAGUCAGUAUAAUAAAUCUAAGGUCGAGAUCUGAAAAUGUCGAAAGCCAUUCAUACCAGCUUUGCGUAAAAAAGGAAACCAACUUAAGGGAUGUUUACAAAAUAAGGCAUGUACAAAACACACGAGUAAAGUGGGAAACUUACGCAAAAAAGAAUAAAAUAACACAAUGCUAUAGGUGCCAACAGUUUGGGCACAGUCAAGCCAACUGUCACAAACAACCAAACUGCGUAAAAUGCGCAGGCAAACACUUAACACCAAACUGUCGACUACCCAGAAACAUCAAAAAUGACGUCAAGUGUAUAAAUUGUUGUGGAAACCACACAGCAAACUUUUCACAAUGCCCGGUGUACCUUGAGCACCUAGAAAAAUCAGACGAAAUGAAAAAUAAAAAUACAAAGAAACCCCACAAGGCAGUCAACAAAAUAAUAUCCUCCGAAAAACCGUACAGCCAGGUAACGGCGGGACCAAGACAAGAAAAUCAUCAAAAUAGACCAGUAUAUGAAGGAAAAAGCCAAGAAAUGAAUGAAAUGGCACAAAUAGCUCAAGAAUUAAGAGAAAUUAAUAAAAUAUGCAAUUUGGGAAAAAUAAUACAUCUACUAAAAGAAAUGAAAAAAGAACUGAUGCAGGCUACCUCCUUCGCGGACCACGCCCAGAUUAUUAUGAAGUAUGAGGAGCUCUACCAAAAAUAG